AUGGCGGCCGAGGACAAGAGCAGACAAACGAACCGCUACUUUUACGUUGCGUUCGCUGUGUUUCAAUGUUUCCUGGGUGCCGGUGUUAUAUUUGGAUGGACGUCGCUGCUUCCCAUGCUAGAAAAAGAAAAAAUAUACUUUGAGCUGUGUAUUUAUGAAGAGACAAUUUGUACCGCACAAAGCAAUCGCCUUCAGUAUGCGUUUACAAUGGCAGUCUUUAGCAGCAUGUGGUCCAAUCUUCUGCUCGGCCUCGUACUUGACAAGUUUGGACCCCGUGUGACAAAGUCGAUAUCGUUAGUUUUCUUGAUUGCAGGCGCGUUGUUGAUGGGAAAUGCUCACUAUCGUGAUAACGCCAAAGACAAUGACUUGCUGCUGUACGGCAUGGUGCUCGUGGGCUUCUCCGGUCCAGGUAUUCAGCUCUCUGGAAUUCACAUGUCCAAUUUGUUCCCAGAGUCGACAGCGCUUGUUGCGUGCUUGAUUGUCGGAGGUCUUCAGUUGAGCUUUCUGAUCUUCGCGCUAAUAAGUUUCGCGUACAUGCACCUCGGGAUGUCUAUGGCGACAAUAUUCGAAAUUUAUGCAACUGUGCUGCUGCUGUCGCUAGUGGGUACAUUACUUACGGAGCCGGACACGCCACUUGAGGUCGUUUCUUGUAAUACGCAUAUAGUUCUUUCGCCUAUGGGUCUGCCGUCGGUGUUCAAAGACGAAGAGACCUCCCUUUUGCUGUCUACACCCGAGCUGCAGAAGAAUCAUCAACAAAACGACAAGAUUUUUACUGACGGCGACCUCCACAACCGCUCCUUUCGGACGCAAGUGUUAUCAAAACCAUUCUUGCUCAUCGCAUUUUAUUUUUCGAUUUUGUCGCUCUGGUGCAACUUCUUUUUGGGCAGCAUCAAUGGAUUACUGCGGUGGAAAGGGCUUUUAGACGGUGAAGUGAAUGAUCUAUUGGGAAAGCUGGCGUUUGUGCUUCCGGGAAGUGUGAUUUUCAUCCCGUUUGUAGGAUACCUGUUGGAAAAGUGUGGCCACCAAUACUCGUUGCUACUCUGCACGUUGGCUGCUUUGUGCACCACGAUAUUGUUAAGUAGCAUGUCGACUGGAUGGAUUGUGGCUGGCUUUGUGACGUACGCAUUCUUCCGAACCUUCAUGUACCCGCUGCUGUUCUCGUAUUUAGGAUAUCGCUUUGGGUUUCAGCACUACGGGGCAUUAUCUGGUAUCGCAUUUGGCGUCGGUGGCAUCAUAGGCCUUUUACAAACGCCAAUUGCUGCCAUUGGUGAUUUUCGUACUAUUGGCUGGAUGCAGUACCGUACUUCGAGCGGCAUCGUGACGGAUAAAUACUGUAUAAGUGAAGCGAUGUCGAACAGCACAAGCGUCCCUUUAAAUUUUAAGACAGGCGCUGUGGCUGGCUAUCCAUCUGAUGGCAGCGACAAUGCAUCGGCUGUGCGCCCCUCCGUGGUGAGCACUAAUAACCUUAAUGCCCAACUCAUAGAGGAGGCCAAACAUGUCGACCAGCACCUUUUCUUUGGGCCGCAGCAAACUGUUUUUGAUGUUGAACGUCAGCGCGUGAUCCAUGGCGAGCGUAAGAUUCAAAAGAACGCCAAACGUUUUUGGCUUAUGUCUGAGCCUCUCAGUAUGGAACGGGAUAGCACAUCGUCGAUCAUUGGGAUUCCCACAGAGGUGCGACCGGUCGGCCUUGGCAGCAGAGUCUCUGCUGCUACGCGAUUUAUCGGUCAGAAGGUAGCGCAGAUGAAGUUCCCUCCCUCCCACGUAAACGAAGACUCCUUUUGUGACGGCUGUGGCAUGGAUCCCAUUGUGGGGAAUAUGUAUUCGUGCUCCAAGUGCAGCAACUACCACUUGUGCGAGGGCUGUUAUCAACUGGGAAUUCACGGCUUCGAAGACUCCAGGCUGUUGGUGGAUGUGCGUGAGGACUUUGCAUUGCUUGAGGUUAUGGAAGCGUCUAAGAACAAGGUACCUGAAGAGGUAUAUACGGUGCUGCUUAAAACGGUGUGCCGCGGACAGGUAGACAAGUUUAAUUUUUUGGCGAAAUGGAUCACGGCGGUAGUUCUAGGCCAACCUAUUAGCACACUUGAGGUGCGUGGCAUUGAAAUCCCAAAUCUUGACACAGAGACCCGCGGCACGCUGGUGCAAUUGCUUACACCAGCGCUGGCUGACCGCACAGAUCUCGAAGUUUGCAUGGAAUGGUUCUGCCCUGAUGCCGAAAACAUGUCAUUACCUGGCGUACAGCGUCGCAGAGAAACAAUUCGUAUCUGGGUGGCCACUGACAAAGACCAACGAUCUCCUUUUGCGACAAAAGAAGAACCAAAUGAUGAAGACACGGAAUCGGAAAUGUCGCCCACGAGUGCCAAUGGAGACCUCCUUGACUCCCCUGUCCCGGCAAAUGAUUCGCCUUGCAUGACGCCCCCACAGUCUCCUAUGGAAAUUCGACGCAAAUCGACUGGUGGUAGUAGCUCAACAGCUUCGGAGUCCUCGUCACGUGUCUCUUCUCCCCGUCUUGAUGCUCUAGCGCUUACUGACAAGAUUGCAGAUUACACUUUCGAAGCUGAGGAUGAAGAUUAUCUGUCAGAUUCGGUCAACAGCGAUAUCGAGCCUCGGAAAGUGGCCAGUUUGUCCCCAUUUUCCGGUCAGCGAUCAGAGGGUAUUCACAUGUAA